CUGCUGUCUUCAUGUCUGAAUUCCUGGGCUCAACAUCCUCAGGAGUCACAGAUACUGCUCCAUGGCUGUGCCAGCCAGCGCCCAGAUGUGGAGACCAGAUCUACAACCCCUUGCAGAAGUGUUGUGACGAUGACACCAUCCUGCCCCUGAACCGGACCCGCCUGUGUGGUCCCAACUGCAUCUACUGGCCUUGCUUUGAGCUCUGCUGCCCCGAGUCUUUUAGUCCGCAGAAGAAGUUUGUCGUGAGGUUGAAAGUUCUGGGAGUGAAGUCCCAGUGCCACUCAUCCCCCAUCUCCAGGGACUGUGGCAG